CAGAACUCUAGAGUCUCUUAGCUUGUGCUCUGUUCCUCCAAGACUCUUCUCUCCUCUCAGGACAAUGAAGGUCUCUGUGGCUGCCCUCUCCAUCCUCCUGAUCAUGGCCUUCAGCUCUCUGGCAUCCUCUGCACCAAUGGGCUCUGACCCUCCCACAUCUUGCUGCUUCUCCUAUGUGAGCCAACAAAUCCAAAGAAAAUUUGUGACAGACUAUUAUGAGACCAGCAGCCUGUGUUCCCAGCCAGCUGUGGUGUUCCAGACCAAAAGAGGCCGGCAGGUGUGUGCCAACCCCAAUGAUGCCUGGGUUCAGAGCUAUGUGGAAGACCUGGAGCUGAACUGAGGGGCUCAGGGCUCUUGGACAAUGACUCUUAAAGGGAAUUGGACCAAGCUGAGGAAUUCCAGAGGCAGAUGCAAUUUCCCCAAAUUCCAGCCUUUAGGAUAUCCUCUCCCCCAUUGUAAUUCAUUCUUAUCUGUGAGAUUUAUUUAUUUAUGUAAAUUAUUUGGUGGCCACUUUGGUUAUUUAUUAGCACUAUUAUUCUACUUCUGGAAGACAUCUGUCCCCCAUGGGGACCUUUCUUGGCAGCUUAGCCUCUGUUCCUUUGAGUCCUGGGGUCACCUGUGGAUUCCAUGAAUAUCCGUUGGACAAAGAUUUCAGAAUAAAACUUUCUAAAGCAUUAA